AUGUUUUUUGCCAUGAUCGACGUUUUUAAUUUAAACACAACACAGCAAAAUAACUUUUUACAAUAUCGAAACAGUGCGUUUACCGGUUUACAUAAGCAAAAAACGAAGCAAUUAAGUGACAAAAGCUUCAAGGAACUUUUGAAAGCUAAAGAGACGCUUUGUGAUGCUGAGAAGAGAUUGACGUAUGACAACUGGAGGAAGAGUGGUCUGAAGAUACCGUUUGAAGUUUGGAAAGCCAUGAAUGAAAACAGGAUGAACAUUUCUCCUAUGGACGCGCAGGCUUCUGCUACCUGCAUUUGGGAAGGCAAAUGCCCAGCACAGAGAGACGGGCGGACGAGACAGUCGGACUUUUUUACUGGCGCCAACAACUCCAAACUUUUUUUGAUAGGUCAACAUUGA